AUGACUGAUAAAUUGCAGUUAAAACAAUGUCCACAUAUUCCAAUAUCAGGAUGUUGCUCGAUGAGAUGGACAUCUGAUUGUGUCCCAAAGCAUUGCUUCAAGCAUAUUCUUAUCAAAUGUCCAGAUCGUAAAAUUCUAAUGUUUAAGCGUAGUGUGAAACAGAAAAGUGACCUGAAACGAUCACCAAAUGCAGCAUUUCGUGGUCAAUCAUUGCCUCUUUGUGGUACCGCUGAAUUAGGAUACAAACCAUGUACCAGUCGAGGUGUAGCUGAUAAACUUUUUCAAUCAUGUUGCAAUAUUUAUGUACCAAAGGAAUGUCGUUCAUUAUGUGUUUAUGAAACCAAUCAAAAUGUCACACGUGAAUUGCUCGUUUCAAUACUACGUGAAAGGAAAUGUGGUCUAGAAUAUUUAUCUAGCAUUCUUUAUUGUGCAUCACAGAAUCGUGAUAAUCGAAAAUGUUGCAUACAUUUAAAUUUAAACGAUCCACAACUUCAGGUAGGUAGUCGAUGUUUAAGGAUGUGCGAUCCAACUGGAACAGCCAUCGAACAAAUUACAAUGGAAGAUGCCACAUGUAUGUAUAACUGGAACGUUAUUAUGUAUUGUCAUCAUAGUGGCAUACGAGAAAUGUAA